GCGCUGUUCGCGGGCUGACAGGCAGCGGGAAUCAUGGAUGUGGAGAUGGCAGCGAAACCAGCAGAAAGCGGACAGAAAGCGAACACAGACGCCGGCGAGCCCUCGUCGAAGACCUCUGGGAGCGCCUACGAGCUGCCCUGGGUGGAGAAAUACCGACCGCUCAAGCUGAACGAGAUCGUGGGGAACGAGGAAACAGUGAGCCGGCUGGAGGUGUUCGCCAGGGAGGGAAACGUGCCCAACAUCAUCAUAGCAGGUCCUCCCGGCACAGGAAAGACCACCAGCAUCUUGUGUUUGGCCCGAGCUCUGCUAGGUGCCUCAAUGAAAGACGCCGUGCUGGAGCUCAAUGCUUCAAAUGACAGGGGAAUCGAUGUGGUGAGGAACAAGAUCAAGAUGUUUGCCCAGCAGAAAGUCACACUGGCCAAAGGACGACACAAGAUCAUCAUCCUGGACGAAGCCGACAGCAUGACAGACGGAGCUCAGCAGGCAUUGAGGAGGAUCAUGGAGAUCUAUUCAAAGACAACACGCUUUGCUCUCGCCUGCAACGCCUCUGAUAAGAUCAUUGAGCCAAUCCAGUCUCGCUGUGCGGUGCUGCGCUACUCCAAACUCACCGACGGACAGAUCCUCACUCGGUUGCAGGAGGUGGUGGAGAUGGAGCGCCUGAGUGUGUCCGAUGAUGGGCUGGAGGCUGUAAUCUUCACCGCCCAAGGAGACAUGAGACAGGCGCUGAACAACCUGCAGUCCACCAACUCCGGCUUUGGCUACAUCAACAGUGAGAAUGUAUUUAAAGUCUGCGACGAGCCCCAUCCUCUGCUGGUGAAAAGCAUGCUGGGACACUGCGUGGAUGGGGACAUUGACAAGGCCUACAGGGUGGUGGAGCAGCUGUGGGCGCUGGGCUACUCUCCAGAGGACAUAAUUGGAAAUAUCUUUAGGGUCUGCAAGACCUACCAGAUGGCUGAGUACCUCAAACUGGAGUUCAUCAAGGAGAUUGGCUACACUCACAUGAGGGUGGCCGAAGGCGUUAACUCCCUGCUGCAGAUGGCAGGUCUGCUGGGUCGACUCUGCAGCAAGACGGCACCCCCUGCUGCCAGCUGAACCCCACGAACCAUCCCAUCCACCUGAAACCUGCCUUAGACUGUUCUGUAUGUUCACACCUACUAAUUUUGAUCCAGGUGUGAUCUGUGGAAACAAAGUAAUUUAAAAAGCAUGUAUCACCUACAAUAAAUCACAUUUUCACUGAU